AUUUAUUUGUUAGUUCUAGAUUUUUUUCUUCAGAUUUUGUACAUAGGAGACAAAAUAGGGAGCGACAAAGAAAUGACCUCUGACACGUUGGCCAAGAAAGGAGCGGCCGACCAAACCCUUAAAUAUGUCAGCUUGGUAACAUUGACGGGACAGAAUGCAGUGCUCGGACUGAGUAUGCGGUAUGCUAGAACAAGACCUGGAGACAUGUUCAUCUCUACUACAGCAGUUGCAAUGUCGGAGCUAGUGAAGUUGUUUGCUUGCCUACUGCUAGUGUGGAAUGAUGAAGGGAAAAGUUUAAAGAACUGGUGGGGAGCUCUGGAUAGCACUAUUAUCAAGCAACCCAUUGAUACACUCAAGGUUUGUGUUCCUUCCUUCAUCUACUUAAUUCAAAACAAUCUUCUUUAUGUUGCUGCAUCUAACCUAGAUGUCGCCACCUAUCAGAUCACUUAUCAGCUGAAGAUUCUGACGACAGCUGUAUUUGCGGUCACCAUGCUCAACAAGAAGCUUAUCUCAACACAGUGGAUUUCUUUACUAAUCCUUAUUGGUGGAGUUGCCUUGGUUCAAUUAUCAGAUGUUAAAGAACAGGCAUCUCAAGGUCCUGAGCAAAGCAAGAUGGUUGGGUUUACUGCUGCUCUAACUGCUUGUAUACUCUCUGGAUUUGCUGGAGUUUACUUUGAAAAAAUACUUAAAGGUUCCGAUAUAUCCGUCUGGAUGAGGAACGUACAGCUUGCUCUUCUCUCCGUCCCGCUAGGAUUAAUUACAACCUAUCUCAAGGAUGGAUCAGUCAUCUCUGAAAAGGGAUUCUUCACUGGUUACGACAACUUUGUGUGGUUUACUGUGAUGCAGAACGCCCUAGGGGGUCUCCUCGUUGCCGUCGUCGUUAAAUACGCAGACAAUAUUCUCAAGGGAUUUGCAUGCUCCUUGGCUAUCAUCAUCACCUGUAUUGCCUCUAUCUUCAUCUUCGACUUCAACGUGACUGUCCAGUUCGCCCUCGGGGCGGGGCUCGUUAUAUCCUCGAUAUUUAUGUACGGAUACACACCAAAACCAUCUUCAUCAUUGCCGCAGAAAAUGUAAACAAAUCGCCAAUCGAUCAAUCAUAAGAAUCAUUUCUCCUCAAGUUUUCAGUAUUUUUAGUAUCUACUUUUUACAAUUUUAACCAGGUCAAUUAUAAAAUUUAAAGAAUUAGAAUUACGGUGGGUGUUCGGGCGGACCGGACAAGUUCCGAAAAGACCAACUUCGGACAAAUUCCGAGGAAAUAAAAUUCAGAAAAACAAUUUCCGAAUAGAUUCUUGGAUACCGAUUUUGUUUCUGUCCUCUACCAGAUUUCCGAAAAUGGUGUUUUUCGGAAAAUUAUUCCCACCUUACGCGAUGAUGUUACGAAAAUUGGAAGGUUUGCUUUGCAGAUUUAUCCAAAACUUGAAAUGGGAAGAGGUCGGAAGUUUUGCAUAAAAUGUCUGAAAUCUUGAAUGUUUGAUCUCGAUAUCAAAGGUGGGCACUUUUAAAAUUUGAGAACCCUUGAUCCCUCAGUUAAAGUUAACCCUACGGGAUAUCGAAGAGAACUUAAAUAAAUCCGUUGGUCUUUAUUUAAGAUUGACAUCAAUGCUGGAUCCUGAAAUUCACAACAGAAAAAUUCUGACAUCCAAAUUAGUUGUUUGAGGCAUGAACAAAAAUUUAGAAUUUUAUUCAUAAGGUUGUAAGCUUUAAUGAAGUGAGUGAAAAAUUGUACUUAUUCUUAUGUAUUUAUACUAUAAGUAAAUUGUAAAUUGUAAUGGAAUGUUUAUUGGUAAAACGUUGCUCAAUGUUUACAAUUGGUAAGAUUAACAAUUAAUUUUAUGUCCAUUGUCCAGCUAGUGCCUUAGAUAUUAAUACAUUCCAGAGUCCGAAUUUAAUGAAUUUGAACUGCGUCUAAAAUCCGCAAAAAACCCGGUUUCAAUUGAGCGCCGACGUAAAUCUUGAAACAGUUGAAUAGGAUUUUAAGUGGAACCAACCAUAUUUGAGCCACGUCUCAAAUUUAAGCCAAGGCUCAAAUUCUUUAAAUUCGG